CGCCGAGAUUGUGACCGGCACAGGACGGGAGAUGCGAAGACGGUGGAAGGUCGGCGAGGUGGUAAUGGCUGCUGCUGUGGCCUUACUCGUCGUUGCUCCUGUUCUGCUCUCGCUCGUGCCCGGUGCGGAAGGCUGUCCGUCGUCGGUCGACUUUGUCCCGGCAACGGCGGUCUCUAUCACAGAGGGCGGAUCGAGCAGUCUGGUGGUUACCGUCUCGGCGCCAGGCGCUGGCUGCUCGCCAGCAACGCCUUGCACCUUCAGCCUCUACUUUGCCAACGCUUCUCAUCCAUCGGGUGCCUCGCAGGUGGCCUCGGUCGUCGAGACGGCGGCCGACAACGCCGACAUGGCCAUCACCUUCCCGCUCGGAACAAAUGGGACGUACAAUGCAACCGCUACGGUAGUUGUCGCACCAUCGCUCGUUGUGUGCGGGCCAUCACCGCCGCGUGAUAUCGUGGUCCUUCCCCGGCCACUGCCGUCGCUGGUCUUGGCGCGAAAUGCAACCAUCGCCGGCGACGCCGUCGACGCCACCGCGACCUUUGCUGGCCGCGGCUCGCUCCCAGCGCAGUUCAUCUGGUUUGUUCGCCGCGCAGCAACGCCUGGUCCGCUCACAAUCGUCGGAUCGCGCGCGCUCUGGCCGGCCGCCACCGCCACCGCAGCGGUCGUCGUCGGCGAGUCGCUGCUCGAUGCCCCUGGCGGCGUCCCGCAGGCCACUCCGUUUGACGUCUAUGUCCUCGUCCGCAACGCCGAGGGCGGCGAGUCUCACCUGGUUCAAGCCCCCGGUACUCUCACGGUUGUUCCCCAGCCAUCCGGCUCGCCUGUCUGGGCCGCCUGUCUCGCCUCGGUCGAUUCGUCGGUCGGCGUCGCCGCCGUCGGCCUGGGCGCCACGCCCCCGUUCCGCAUCCGGUACAGUGUCGUGCGGCUCGCUGACUCGGCCUUGCUGGCAGCGGUUGACGUCGUCGGCGUUGCCAACGACACUGUCUCCAAUGCCUCGAUUGCGUUGACGUCGGCCAUGCUCCUCGACCCCACGGCGCCGAUCACGGUCCGGCUCUUUCUCGACGUCAUCGAUAGCUCCGGCUUGGGAGCGCCCACCGCCACCAUCGCGCCGUGCGACCUGGUCGUCAAUCCAGCGCCGAGCUUUGUGUGGACAUCGGACGGUGGCAACGGCCUCGUCUCGACCGCCGCCGCCGACGCCUCGCCUCUCGUCGCCCGACUCGCCACUGCUACAUCUGCUGCGUCGUGGCCGGUCAGCUAUGCAUGGACGCUCAAUGCAACCGUAAUCGGCGCGGCAGGAGUGGUCAAAGCCGGAUGGGGUACGCUGAGUGCUGGCUCUGGCUCAUUUGACUCGGCAUCUGCUUCCGUCGGCAUCACAGUCGGCAUCUCGGCCGCCGCCUUUGCAGACGCUGCCGCUAUGGCAAUGCUCGGUGGCACGUCGUGCGCGCUCGCGAUUGAGCCCAUCGCUGCUUUUUCCGACUCUGCUGGUGUGGGCGGCUCCGCCCGGGGCCCCACCUUUGUCCUCCAUGCUCCGCUGACGGUUGUUGGCGCUCUCGCACCACUCAUCCUCGCUCCAGGCAGCGUCGUCUCGCGCGGCGUAGUUGCGUCGGCGGUUUGGAACGUGUCAGCGUCGAUUGCUGGCGGCACGCUGCCGCUGACAGCCGGGCGGCGGCUGGUCCAGGCGCUUCCUGCGCCAUCAGCGCCCUUGACUGGGUUUUCCAGCGUGCUGCUCGGCAGCAAUGCUACGCGCAGUCUGCCAGUGUCUCUGCUCGACUCGGGGAGCGUUAGCAGCAGUGUGGAAUCGUUUUUCGUCGAGUGGCAGGUCUGCGACGCGGCAACUGCAUGCAUCAGCUUAUCGUCGCCGGCGGUGAUGGUGGUGCCUGUGCCUGUCGCCACCGUCGCUACGGCGGUAGCUUCAGCUGGUCCCGGUGCGUCCGGGGAGUUUCGAUCGCCGAUGGCUGUUAGCGUGCAGGUCGACGUUGCCCCUGUCAACGGCGGCGUCCUCCCGUUCAACAUCAGUAUCUCGCUUUUGCCAACAAGCGCGAGCGUGCCCUCUGGUUGCGUGUUCACGCACCUUGCCCCAAGCGUAGCCAGCCGCUCGCUCGUCCUCGUCAACGUGACCGGUGCCCUCGAGCAGCUCGAUUGUCCCAUCGGGACCGAGUGGGCCACGGUGGUGCAGGUAACCGAUGCAUCUGGUGCAAGCGCGAGUGCCACCGCAGCGCUUGCACUUGUACUGGGCGGGCCGCCAGUAGUGGUCAACGCCACGCUGUCUCCGAACGAGCUUGUCUCUGUCGGUGCGAUCCUCGGUGCCGAAGCUGCGGUUUGGGGUGGGGUCGGCACGGUGUGUGUCACGUACGUUCUCGUGAGCGGAGCGGAUGUGGGCGUUGUGGUCGACGGUCCAUGGCAGGCGUGUGGGCCGAGUCCGUCGAGUCUUGCGCUACCGCUCUCGCCACUCUCAACGGCAACUUUGGAGGCCGCGUUUGGGAGUGGCAGCACCGCACCGGGUGCUGCCAACAUGAGCCUUGCGGUUGCGGUCACUCGCGUGGGUGAUGCAGCAUCAACAGUGGCUACAACUCUUGUGACAUCAGCGGUGGUGGUGGUUCAUCCGCCGAGCGGCGUGAUCGUUCCGUCCGCCGGGCUGGCCACCGUCACCGACGUGCUCGAGCAGGUGUGCGUCACAAGCGUCACCGGUGGCGUUCCUCCAUAUAGCAGCACGGAAUGGCAGGUCAACGGGCAAGCAGUGGGGAGCUUUGUGCACAGCAGUAGCGAGCUCUGCGCCCGCAACCUGAGUUUGAUCUGGCCUGGCGCUGAGACUGGAAGCCUUGCGCCUGGUGGGGCGAGCAGUGUCGCUCUCCCGCUUAGUGUGACAGUGACCGACGUGCACGGGCGCGCGUCAGCCGUUUCGACCCUGAUCCAGGUUGCGCCGCGGCCGCUCCCGGGCACGGUACGCAUCCGGGACCGAGCCUCAGUUCGCGACGCAAACCUUACUGUCGAGGUGCUUGGAGUGCGCGGCGGCGUGGGGCCGAACGUCACGAUGAUGACAUCGCUGGAGGCGCUUGCCACUGAUGGUGCCUGGGCGCCGCUCGCGGUUCCAGACAUUGCGUGGCAGCCUCGAGGCGGUGCAGGCCUCUUGCUCGCUGUAUCAGCUGGCGUGGUGGUUGAUGCUGGGGCUGCGAUUGCGCAGCAGGUUGACCUCUCAAGCAUCAAGGUGGCCGGCCUUGUGGCCCCGCACCUCAGUGGGCCUACGAACGCAACGCGUAUCCGGGCGGUCGUCUGGCUGGUGGACGCGAGCGGAGUAGCCGGUCCGAGUUUGACGACCGAGGCAGCUGAUUAUGCAACAGCAACGCUCCCGUUCCCGCCGCCACCGUUCUUUCCGCCACCAUCGCCGCCGCCGCCUGUCCUUCAACCGCCACCGCCGCUGCCGCCGCCGCCGCCCAACUCGACUGCGACUGGAGCUGCGGGCUUGGUGCCAGCGAGUGCGAACAACAGCGACGGGUGGCCGCUGUGGCUCAUCCUUGUUGUCUGCGGCAGCAUCCUGCUCUGCUGCUGUCUCAUCCUACUUUGCGCUUUCUUGGUGUUGCGGCGUGCGCGUUCGCAGCGCGACGAAGCCACGGCCGAGUUCUCUGGCGACGUCGAGCGCGAUCAGAUCAUUCGGGACGAAGGUGGCGUGGGCAAAGACGACGCGAUUCCCCACAUCUUUGCCUUUGAGCGCGAGGUCAGCUGCACUGCGCUCGGUGCUGAAAUUGAGCACGACUUUGAUUGCAGGCCACGGUCGACAGGAAUGGAGAGCGACAAUGCGGUCAUCGACUUUGCCACGCCCGGCCAGCUCCCGCCGGAUGAGGUCUCUGACGCUGAACUCUCGCUCUCGACGUCCGAGCUUGGGCUGGAAACGGGAUUGGAUGCGGGGCCCAGCCUGUUCCUGGGCGACGCGACUGUGCUGGAGGCGCAGAGCGGUGGCCGUGCGGGGACCCGCCGCCGGCGCAAGGCCGAAGGCCGUGUCUCGGGUCAUGGGUCGAGUUCCAGUCAGGCUGAUUCUGUCACAGGCGAUGACCGCUCACGUGUGCGCCGCCGGCGCAAGGCCAAAGGCCGUGUCUCGGGUCAUGGGUCGAGUUCCAGUCAGGCUGAUUUUGUCACAGGCGAUGACCGCACACGUGUGCGCCGCCGCCGCAAGGCCAAAGGCCGUGCCUCGGGUCAUGGGUCGAGUUCCAGUCAGGCUGAUUCUGUCACAGGCGACGACCGCACACGUGUGCGCCGCCAACGCGGAUAUGUCCCGUCGUCGCUGGUGGUCGGCGCGGACGAGGUCGACACUAUUGUCGGUCCAGCGUUUCAGAACUCGAUCGCUGUUGUUCUCGACCUACCGGCCGAUCGUCGCCACCGCUGGCGAACGAUGCUCGAUGCAGCGGCAGCCGACGUGCUCGACCUUCUGGCGUUGCGCCCGCAGCUGGCUGAGACUCCGACGGCGCUGCGGUUUGUGGUGCCAGAACAGGUACCGGACUCCAUGCUGUUGUCAUCGCGGCUGGCCACAGUCGCUGGCGAGCUCGCUAAAGCCGGCGGCCCGCAGAUCAAGCUCGUCAAGGCCGCUGACGGCGCCGGACUCGACGCAUGCGCCGCGCGCACGCUGGCAAUCUCAGGCAGAGCCAGGCAAGGUGGCAUGGCUCGCGCUGCUGCGCGGUCGGCCCGUAGCGAUGCGGCGGCGCGAGUUGCUGGCACACAUAUGGUCCGUGUCGCGACUGGCGGGAGCUCGGUCGAGUUUGUUCUCAACCUGCCGGUCGACGCGUCGGCCUCUGUCCUGCUGGCGUGGGCGGACGAGCUGGCCGUGGCAGACGCAGAGCCGGGCGCCGCCGCGUCGGCGUCUCCCCCACCCGCAGCCGCGCCGGCUGCAUCGCACACGGCGUCGCACCCGCCGACCGAGGUCUUCUUCCAGAUUGUGACGCCGUCGUCGAUCAUGCUCCGGUGGGUCCCACCGCGCGCCGGCGGGCCGUACUCGAUGUUCCGAGUCUACCGCGGCCUUGCACUCGCGCACGAGUCGCCAGGCACGUUCCUCUUUGACGAUGACCUCGCGCCAAACACGCUGUACGAGUACCGGGUGUGCGGCCGCGGACGUGACGGGCUGUGGUCGGCAGCAUCGCCUCCGUUCCGGGAGCGGACGCGGGCCGAAUGAAGAGACAUACCACACCACA